AUGGUCCAGCGAUUCAGACCACAGUACGACUCAGAAUCUGAAGACGACGAUCUCGGGUCGGUCUUACAAAACAGAAAAGACGAAAGUGACGAUGAUUUCCUGUCUCUUUCGUUUGGUGCAUUAAGUUCAGCUCAGAAGAAGCUUCAACAAGAAGAACGAAACAGAGAUGAGGAAAGUCUGUCGAGUGAAUCAGACAGUGAAGACGAGUUUUUUCUGAAGGACAAGAAAGACAAGAAGAACAAGAAGAACCAGCUUAAGAAAAAGAACAAGCAUGCUCCCUCAGAGAGCUCAUCCAAAAGACCAGUAAGCAGAAUAAGAGAGAUUCCUGGGUUGAAACAGAAGAAGGACACGACGUUGUAUACGGAUGUUCGUUUUGACGCUGCUUACGGUAAGGCUAACUGGGAUAGAGUCAGAAACGAUUAUGCGUUCUUGGAUGAGUAUAGACAGAAGGAGAUCAAAGAGAUGCAGAGCAUAUUGAACAAUAAGAAGGAGAGGGCCAAACUUUCAGAUUACGAGGUUGAAGAUUUGAAAUUCAAGAUCCAAUCGCUCCAGUCGAGGCUCGAUACGUUAAAGAACCGUGAUAUGGGUAACAAGAUCAUCAAGGACCACAAGAAGGACCAGAUGGCCAAGAUGAGAAAGGGCGAGCAGGUCAACCCUUACUUCUUGAAGAAAUCCGAGCAGAGAAAGAUGCUCCAGAAGGUGAAGUUUGAUAACUUGAAGUCUUCGCAAAGAGAAAAGGUCAUGGAGAGGAAGAGAAAGAGACGGUUGGGCAAGGAGUUCAAGGCCAUGGAGUUCAGAUGA